AUGGCUGAGGAGGUUUUAAUUCCAUCGUCGGGGAAAAUCACAUCGCAACUGACCAGCUCUUUGUUGGCGGUGGCAUUCCUAACCUCCUUCGGGAGCUCCAUGCUUUAUGGCUACAAUCUAGCAGUGGUCAACUCCCCCGCUCUGUACAUAAAGGACUUCUACAACAGGACAGCCCUGAGUCGUAAUGGAACAGGACUCAGUGGGGAGACCCUGACCCUCAUGUACUCUCUCACUGUGUCAGUCUUCGCAAUUGGAGGUCUGCUGGGCUCCGUCAUCGUGGGCAUGCUGGUCUCUCGCUUUGGCAGGAAAGGCACAGUGGUGAACUCAACAGUGCUGGUAUUUAUUGCCAGCUCACUCAUGGGCUUCAGCAGGAUUUGUGGUUCACCUGAGAUGGUCAUCAUUGGCCGCUUCAUCACAGGAAUUCACUCAGGCAUCUCUCUAAGUGUAGUACCUAUGUACCUGGGUGAGAUAGCACCUAAGAACCUGCGAGGCUUCCUGGGGCUUGUGCCGAGUAUUUUUAUUGGCACUGGAGUCUUCACCGCCCAAAUCCUUGGCCUACAUGAGCUUCUAGGAAAGGAGGAGUACUGGCCCCUCUUUCUUUCAGUGGUGGUGGUGCCCACCUUCAUCCAGUUGAUGCUGUUGCCAUGGUUCCCAGAGAGCCCCAGGUACCUGCUGAUUGAGAAGCAGAAUGUCCAUGCCACCAUCACAGCCUUGAAGUGGUACAGAACCAAGUGUAACAUCCAGGCUGAGAUUGAAGAGAUGCAGGAAGAGCAGCACUCCCUGUCAUCAGUGGAGACGCUGUCAGUAUGGAGACUGUUGCAGGAUGACAUGGUCCGCUGGCAGGUGCUCAGUGUGGUGGUCAUUAACAUUGGCAUGCAGCUGUCUGGCAUCGAUGCUAUCUGGUUCUAUACCAAUGACAUCUUUGAGAAUGCGGGUAUCCCAGCACCAGAGAUCCAAUAUACCACAGCAGGAACAGGAAUCAUAGAGAUCAUCGCUGGACUCAUUGGGUGUUUCUCCAUAGAGAAGGUGGGCAGGAGACCUCUCAUGAUCGGGGGUUUCGCCAUGAUGGGCAUCUGCAGUGCUGGAAUCACAGUGACCCUCAUUUUACAGGCUCACUUAUCAUUCAUGCGCUACAUCAGUGUCUGCUGUGUGGUCGGCAUCAUCGCUGGCUUCUGUAUCGGCCCAGCGGGGAUUCCCUUCCUGAUCACAGCAGAGUUGUUUAAACAGUCUCACCGCCCAGCAGCCUACAUUGUAGGAGGAUCACUGAACUGGUUGUCUAACUUCACUGUGGGCUUCGUCUUCCCCUUCCUACAGAUGUCAGCGGGGUCCUACUGCUACUUGGUGUUUGCCACCAUUUGCGUAUCCGUGGCCAUCUAUGUCUACGUUGUGAUCCCAGAGACCAAAAACAAGACCUUCAUGGAGAUCAGCAGGAUGUUCAAUAAGAAGGAGGCAGUUCUAGAGACCCAGGACCUGGUCCACGUGGACCAGCUGAAACUGAAGAAGAUGAACGGCUAUGGUGGUGUGGAACAUGCUUCACUGGAGUUUGACAGCUCUUUUUCAUCUGUACCUUAACUUCAGGUUCUCACUGGGACAGCAAAACCAUUAAUUACUUCCUCUUCACCAUUGUACUGUUUUGAUAUGUUCACAUUGACCAAACACCACCUCGUCAUUUAGCUCUGGUGUACUGUAUAUUCAGCAAUAACAUGCAUGACAGUAUGCAGCUCUGGUAUUUUCAACUUCUUAUCAAGUUUAAUGUUUCAGUCUGUUUGAGCCAUUAAUGGUGGUGGUAGUCUAGUGGUUCGGCAUCCAAAUACAACACUGUUCCUGUAGCUCAUUGUAGGUAGCUCGGGAUAAGAGUGUCUGCUAAAUUACCUGUAAUGGAAGAUUCCAGUUAAUAUAAAUUGGGUUCUAGUUUCACCAGUUUGGCCAUUCUUCCUACCAGUAAUAAAUACAUUGUAUUGAACAAGCUAAUAGCUUAGAUAAUAAUAAUAAUAAUAAUAAUAAUAAUAAUAAUAAUUCUGACAGGACAGAACACAAGCAGUCAAACCAUCAGACAUGUUGGAAAAAACCCUCAAGUUUAGGCAUUUAGAGGCAAGAUCCAUCACAAUUUAUAAGCUCACUUCUGUACUUAAUGUAGUUUAGCAAACAGUUGUCCUGUUCAACCCUUGUUGAACACAUAUACCCCACUUUGAAAUGUUGCUAUUAGCAACAUUUCAAAGUGGGGUAUAUGUGUUAACUGUUAGGAAUAAUGGACAAACUCCAAAAAUAAGACCCAAGUUCUGAUAAACCAGAAUUGAUCUUAAACUACCGAAAACAAGCUUUCCUCAGGAGUGGAAGUAAUGUGAAAGAAAACUAUGGUUCUUGGCUCUUAUUUUUGUACUUCUGGUCAUCGGUUUGAUCAGUAGUAAUAAGGGUAUGUCUAUUUCAUAAAAAAAUGUCAUGUUAGUUAUAGUAGUGCUGCAAGCCACCGCAUAAAAUCAGAAUAGGAAUCAGAAUCAGAAAUUAUUUGUCCCACGACGGGGAAAUUCCGUUGUUGCAGGCAAGAGAGUAAAGUGACAAGUAACAAUCAAAUAGAAUAAAAAUACAGUAACAGCAACAUAAGUAAUAUAAGUACAGUCAAAAUAGUUGGAAUGCUAGCAGUGCUUAAGUUGUAUACAUGAGUGUCCAACAUGUCAGCAAGGUAACACACAAUCCAGUAAACAAUAAAAACAUGUCAGGAUAUAGACACAAGAGUAGACUCAACAAAAUGGUCAGAGCUUGUGGACAGAAAUGAACCAUUAAAUAUAAUUUUAUAAUCUUUUGUAUAUUGCAGUAAAGAAAAAAAACAUCUAUCAUGUAAAAUUCUGAUAUUUAUGCAUGUUUUGAUUUAGAUUUUAAGGUGAGAUUACUUGUUAUUUCUUUCCACUUUUCAGACUGUAUCAGAGUACUCUGAGCUGAGCUGUAAUGUAAAAUGUGCUAAAACGUGUUGUGUACAAACAGCAAAAGAUUGUUUGAAUAUGUGGAAAUACUGUAUGUACAGUAUAUUAACCUUUCCGAAUUGUUGA